AUGUGCCUCGAUACUACUCUGUAUAGACGCCAAGCCAACCGUGAUCAGCUCGGAAAACAUCCUACACGCAUCAUCAAACGUGUCAAUGCUAAAAAAGCUGCGGCCUUGGCAUCCCCAGCCUAG